GCGGGCGCGGAGCCGAGUGAGGCGCGGAGCCGGCUGCGGGCGGGCGCGGGGGACCCUCGCCACCCCGCCUCGGAGAACGGGAUGGGACGCCGCCCGCGGGGACCUGGAUCCCCUCGGGGACCUGGCCCUCCAAGCCCCGGGCUCAGGCUGCCGCCGCUGCUGCUUCUGCUCGCCCUGGCGGCCCACGGGGGCUGCGCAGCGCCCGCGCCCCGCGCAGAGGACCUCAGCCUCGGGGUGGAGUGGCUGAGCAGGUUUGGCUACCUGCCUCCUGCAGACCCAGCAACAGGACAGCUGCAGACCCAGGAGGAACUGUCCAAGGCUAUUACUGCCAUGCAGCAGUUUGGCGGCCUGGAGACCACCGGCAUCCUCGAUGAAGCUACUCUGGCCCUGAUGAAGACCCCUCGCUGCUCUCUUCCGGACCUGCCCCCUGGGGCCCAAGCAAGAAGGAAGAGACAGACUCCACCACCAACCAAAUGGAGCAAGAGGAACCUUUCUUGGAGGGUCCGGACAUUCCCGCGGGACUCACCCCUGGGCCGGGAUACUGUGCGUGCACUCAUGUACUACGCCCUCAAAGUCUGGAGUGACAUCACACCCUUGAACUUCCACGAGGUAGCGGGCAACACUGCUGACAUCCAGAUCGACUUCUCCAAGGCCGACCACAAUGACGGCUACCCCUUUGAUGGCCCCGGUGGCACAGUGGCCCAUGCAUUCUUCCCCGGUGACCACCACGCGGCAGGGGACACCCACUUUGAUGAUGACGAGGCAUGGACCUUCCGUUCCUCAGAUGCCCAUGGGAUGGACCUCUUUGCAGUGGCUGUACAUGAGUUCGGUCACGCCAUUGGUCUGAGCCAUGUUGCUGCCCCAAGCUCCAUCAUGCAGCCGUACUACCAGGGCCCCGUGGGUGACCCGCUACGCUAUGGGCUUCCCUACGAGGACAGGGUGCGUGUCUGGCAGUUAUACGGUGUGCGGGAGUCCGUGUCCCCUACUGCACAGCUGGAUACUCCAGAGCCCGAGGAACCACCCCUCCUGCCGGAGCCCCCCAACAAUCGAUCUAGCACCCCGUCCCAGAAGGACGUGCCUCACAGGUGCACUGCGCACUUUGAUGCUGUGGCCCAGAUCCGAGGUGAAGCGUUCUUCUUCAAAGGCAAGUACUUCUGGCGACUGACCCGGGACCGGCACUUGGUGUCCCUGCAGCCCGCUCAAAUGCAUCGCUUCUGGCGGGGCCUGCCACUGCACCUGGACAGCGUGGACGCCGUGUAUGAGCGUACCAGCGACCACAAGAUUGUCUUCUUCAAAGGAGACAGAUACUGGGUGUUUAAGGACAACAACGUAGAGGAAGGGUACCCGCGACCCGUCUCCGACUUCAGCCUGCCGCCUGGUGGCAUCGACGCUGUCUUCUCCUGGGCUCACAAUGACAGGACUUAUUUCUUUAAGGACCAGCUGUACUGGCGUUAUGAUGACCACACACGGCGCAUGGACCCGGGCUACCCUGCCCAGGGCCCCCUGUGGAGGGGUGUCCCCAGCAUGCUGGAUGACGCCAUGCGAUGGUCUGAUGGGGCAUCCUAUUUCUUCCGAGGUCAGGAGUACUGGAAGGUGCUGGAUGGUGAGCUGGAGGCAGCACCUGGGUACCCACAGUCUACAGCCCGGGACUGGCUGGUAUGUGAUGAGCCGCUGGUGGACACAGAGGAUGUAGGGCCCGGCCCCCAGGGCCGCAGCGGAGCCCAGGACAGCCUGGCAGUAUGCUCCUGCACAUCAGAUGCACCCAAGUCUACACCAUUGUCUCAACUGCUGUUGCCGCCGCUGCUGUGGGGCCUGUGGACCUCAGUCUCCGCCAGGGCAUCCUGAGGGCAGUGCUGGCCUUGCGGAUCAAGGAGCUGAGGAGGGCAGGGACACACUGGCCAGUAGUCAGCAGGACUUGUGUUCUUCCUUCCUUUCACCAACCCCAGGGGUGCUGUGGCCUCUGCCGGAGUGGCUUCCUACUGGGAAGGGAUGUCCUGCCAGUGGCAUCCACACACCCUUCCCACCCGGAGCAGCCAUAGGCUGUGCCCCGUCCUCUUCUGUGCACCACGCUGCUUCAUCACACCUUACUGGGCUGCUCAAGCCUGGCCGUCACAACCCCGGGGAUGCCUUGUCUGCGCCUGAGCAGCUGUUAUGACGUCUGCACGUGGGCCGGUGGGGACAGCGGGAGGGUCCUCAGAGUGUCCGUAGGGGGCCACUGUCCCCGUUUCACAAGUGAGAGAGUUAAUGGCCCAAUGGGGAACAUGGCGGGGAAGGGGUGCCUACCCAGCAGUCCGAUGCCACUGCCAAUUGCAGCAGCUAGCACCGUGUCUGCUGGUACAGAGGACCAGUCACACUCAGGAUCUACCCCACAGGUAUACAGAUGCUGGCCAGGAGCACUCGCCUCUCCUCAACUCAGACGAGCUAUUCGGAAGUGGAGGCUAUGUCCUGUUAUGUCUCUGUGGCCAGGAGAGAAUUGUGGGUCUCCCCGGGGCGAUGUUGCUUGGAGGUGUACCUGUAAAGACAUCUUUCAUCUGUUAGCGCCCUUGCUUCAGCAAGAUGUCCCUUACGGUUCUGGGCUGACCCCCUGCAGCUUAGGUUCAUAGCUGCCUCAUCCUCAGCUGUGGAGGGGCUUCUAACACCUGGAAUAAAAGUGGGGGUUCAGUUAAGGGGUGGUUGACUUGUCCCAGGCCCUGAGUAGGGAAAUGGUAAUAUUUGGGAUGAAGAACCCAGGGUGACUGUAAAGGGGCAGCUGCAGGGAUACUCAGCAUGGCCUGGUUAAUAGUAGCAUCCUUUGGGGCCAUGACGAUGUCGCCUCCUGGCCCACCCUGGGCUUGGAGGAGCUAUGGAAGAAUUGCUGCUCUGAGUGGCAGACCUUUGUAGUCCAGAAAGAGCCUCUGAGCAAGGACCAAGGAGUGAUCAGCUACCAGAGCUGAAGGUUCUGGGACUGGAUGGGCCUGAGGGAUAGAAAAUACCCAAGGGCAGAGCUCCCCAUGUAGGCUUGGAUGUAUAGUAGGCAGCUUCUGUCAUUGGACAUAUGAUCACACCCCCCUCCCCAACUGGUCCCAUCUCAGGUAAGGCGGCUUCUGCACACCCCAGGUCACACACUUCACAUACAUGGCACUGGUGCCGCUCCCUCCCAACCCAGGUUCAAGCGUUGUCAGGAUGAGGGAGCAGCCCAGGCCAGCACCCAGCCAGGCGCCCUGUCCCACACCCACCCGUUAAGCUACACAGGACAGAAUAGAGGUCUGAGGUAUCAUGGGGGUCACCCCACUCUGCCCUAUGUCAAAGCACGUUCCUAUGAUAUCCGCCCACCUGCAGGAUACAGCCGUCCCGUCCAGUAGCAAGGAGAGCCCUAAAGAGUCUUUGUUACAGCAUCAAAAGCCCGGCCUGCAGGCUGGAGCUGUCUAGAUGCUGGUGUCUCACUCACUUGAAAGACCCAAACUCUUAAUAAAAUUUUUCUACACUGGA